AACUACAUUAAAUGCUUAAAUGGCCUGCAGCAAAUGAGCAAAGCAUCUUGUUAAGAUAUAAGUGCAGAAAUGUGUUUUCCCGCUAACAGUGAAGACAGAUACCGUUAGUGCUUGAAUAAGCAUAUGCAAGCCGUUGAAAAUGUGACUCAAGAUUUUCGAAACGCUAAACCGCAUAAACAUUUGCGGCUGUUGCAUACGCGGGACUCCAGUUCAAGGCGCCAGGCAACACAGUCAGUCCCCACAAAUGCGCUUGUCAUUGCGACUGCAACGUAUAAAUUCAGUUCACGCUCAACAAAGCUGGUAAUCUCAUUUUGCGUAGCGCGUCAAACGCAUUGUCUCCAGGCAAUAAGAAUGUACACUGAAGGAAAAAUCCACAUCAAUAUGCAACAGCAACUUUUACUUAUUCUCAUCACCAGCUUUGCGACAUGUCGAGCUGGCCUUUUGGCCCUGUCACCGGAAGAUUUCCAGCAAGCGGGUGACAUUAAAAUCGCCACCAUUGUGCAUAACGCACCCUCAGCCGUCUCGCACACCACAUUCACACGUGUGCAUAAUCAUCGUGACAGCGGCCAGACCACGCAGCCACAACUCGCCAGUACUGUAGCCACACAAACGACGGAGGUGCAUCAGCCGAAGCCGUCCGUUGCCAGCCAACCCGUCUACACCCCGCAACAGUUGAGUGUAUUCCCAACGACAAUUAUAAAGCAUGAGUUGCCAAAAGCUCCGUUGCUAGACAGUGCUGCGGCUACAGCCGCUGCGGGCAACGGUGGAACACCAAUCGCCAACUCAUUGACACAUACGCCAGCACAUUUGACCUAUUCUGCACGGCCCGUGGUGUAUCAGACGCUUCCGGAAAUAAAGCCGGUACGAAAAAUUAGUUUUGAUGAAUCAGUGCCUAGUCCAAGGAAUAAGCAAUAUUACGGUACCCAUUAGCAUUGAGAACUGAAAUAAAAUAAUGCUAUAAAUAAAAAAAAAAUUCGUACACAAAAAAGGCGGAGGACUUUAGAGUAAAUUAUUAUAGUUUCGAAAGAAUUUACACUUUUUCAAAUUUCCAAGCAGCUAUACUGGCCUUGAGUUCGCUGACUAUGAACUCAAAGCUAGUCAAGGAGUACAUAACUUUUAUAACAGUAGG